UUAUGUGAUCAUUGAUGGAUGAAUGUUGUUCACCCAGACCAACAACUCUCAUUCACCGGCAAACCUGAAACUAAAACCGAAGUCUUUUAGGUUAACCAGCUCUUACAUAACAUUUCACUGGUUGGAAAGUUUUUACAUAGAAAAGGAAAAAUGUUUUCUAAACUGAAGUGACUGUUCUUCAACAAAUGGAUACAGAAUUCAGGACUUUCUAAAUUUUCGUGAGUUUUUUCAAACUCGUUUAUAAUGCGAUCUUGUGACGCUCGCCUGGUCCCGGCUCGGUUUCGGCAUUAUGGAUGAAAAAGAUACAGAAGCGCUCAUCGGGAGCAGGACUGAAAGUGAUCGGUCUCCCAUGAGCGACGGAGAAAACAUUGCUGCUAAAUUCACACUUUACAAAAGGAGAUGGUUCAUCUUAUUUGUACUCUGCCUACUAAAUUGUUCCAACGCAGUGCUCUGGCUGACCUUUGCACCGGUGGCCGAUCAGACGGCAGAGUACCUGAAAGUCUCUUUGGAUCUGGUCAACUGGCUGUCCCUCGUCUAUAUGGUGGUGGCCAUUUUCUUCAGCUUCAUUACUACAUGGAUGUUGGACUCGCUGGGUCUGCGUUUCUCGCUCAUCCUGGGCUCUUGGCUUAACAUGUUGGGCAGCGUUCUGCGCGUUGUUGGUGUGUUGACCUGGAUCCCUCAGUGGGCCGUGUUCCCAAUGGUGAUGGGUGGCCAGACCCUGUGUGCCCUCGCCCAGCCUCUGGUUAUUUUUGCCCCCACCAAACUGGCAGCACUAUGGUUUCCAGAUGACCAGAGGGCCACGGCGAACACGAUUGCCUCAAUGGCGAAUCCUCUCGGAAUGCUUUUUGCGAAUAUCUUCUCUCCCAUGAUAAUUCACUACACAAAUAAUCUUCUUAUGCUGCUUAUUAUAUAUGCCAUACCUGCCACCAUUGCCUGUUUCCUAGCAACAGUGGGAAUUCGUGAACGUGUCCCCCCGACACCCCCCUCCGCCAGCGUGGUGACCUCCAGCACUGAACCUUUUCUUCAGGGUGUAAAACUGCUACUGAAGAACAAAGCAUACAUGAUCCUGCUGGUGUGUUUCGGGUCGGGGAUAGGAGUUUUCACUUGCUUUUACACGUUACUCGAGCAGAUUCUUUGCAUUAACGGCUACUCAAAUGACUUUGCAGGAAUAUGCGGUGCUUGUUCUAUUGUAUUUGGCGUUGCGGGCGCUGGCGUUCUUGGCCUGUAUGUGGACGAGACGAAACAUUUUACAGAAGUCACUAAAAUCAGCAUGUGUCUGACGUCGCUGGGCUGCACCGCAUUUGCUGUGGUUUCCCAGCUCAGGGACAUGAAAGUUGCCGUCGGUACUGCAUGCGCGUGGUUUGGCCUGUUCGGGUGCUCCGUGUAUCCCAUCGCCAUGGAGCUUGGAGUUGAGUGCUCGUACCCUGUGGGUGAAGCAACAUCAUCUGGAUUGAUCUUCAUUUCUGGACAGAUUCAGUCAGUCAUCUAUAUGGUGCUUCUUCAAGCUCUGACCAAACCUCUGACAGAUUCGACAAUAUCUGUAUGCGUUACUGGAGGGGACGCCAAUCUGAACUGGACAGUGCCAGCGCUGGUGAUGGCAGGCCUGUGUACUGUGGGCACCUGCUGCUUUGUGCUCUUUUUCCACACGGAUUACCGGAGACUGAGAGCAGAAGCUGCGGCAUCACCAAAGAAUGUGACAGACCGGACAAGAGAAGGAGACACCUGCGCAAACAGCACAGGUGCUUGAAGAGAUCCACAAGACCGUGAUUUGAAUUGUUUACACGAAAGUUAAUAACUAGAACUUCAUUAAGCACUGAAAUGUGUGCCUUUAAUGGUAAUGUUUUUGUAUUAUUAAUACUCUAAAUAAUUUAAGCUUGGAAGCAGGACCAUCAUGAUCCCAUGGGUUUGUUACAUACAAAUGAAUUUUGCACAAGUUUCUGACAUUUCAGUUAAAGGUAGGGGUGAGCGGGGCAUAAAUUAAUGCAGGGUUAAUUGUAACGCGGUUACUUUACAUAUUUCUACAGGGUCGAGCAAUCUGUGCUUUUAGGAUUUUUCUCUUACUGUCAGAAGAUGGUCUCUGAUGAUCCCUUUGAUAGCUGGGACUGAAAACAUUUUUACAAUGCAAAAAUGACUUUCAAGAAAAAAAAUGUGGGCAUAAAACAAGCAAAAACUCUGUCAAUGGGGUAAGCAAAUUUUUCUUGAAUUUAGUGUUUAAGAAAAAUUUUCAAGAUUUUUUGCUUAACCCAUUGGCAGAUUUUUUGCUUGUUUUAUGCACAAAAUCACUUAAAUUUGAUAUUUUUGGUCUAAAAAUUAGACUUAUUUUCUUGGUUCGUUUUGCUUAAGAAUUUUUAGAUAUUUUUACUGAAAACAAGACAAUUUUUUUCUUGAAAAUCAUUUUUUGCAGUGUAAACAGCGGGGUUAGUUGUCACACAGUGUUACAAUUAAGCCUCAGUUAUACAAUGAUAAAGAAAUGAAAACAAUGUAAAUACUAUUCAUCAAAAUGAUAUAGGGGAUAAUUAUUGACACUUAUGAUUUUUUUGUCUUAAAAAUAUAUUAAUAUGCAUUGAUGUAUAAUACAAGGAUGGUUAGAUGAAGGAUCAUGGAUGGAUGAAUGUGUGGAUUUCUAUCUAUUAUAGGCAGAUAUAUAAACAAUAUUCACCUUUAGUAUAUAGACAGAAUUUUAUUGAAUUAUUUGUGUUUAAACUAAUUUUUUUAGCAGGUGUUACAACAAACCCCACCUACACGGCAAAAAAUUAUUUUCAAGAAAAAAAUUACUUAGAAUUUUUGUCUUGCUUUCAGUAAAAAUAUCAAAAAAUGCUUUAAUUAAGAUGCUUUUUCUUGAUGAGCAAA